AUGCCUGUUUAUUCAAUUUCUCACGUUGAGAAUGUCAGAGUCUGUGUUGUCAUGGUUGGCUUGCCAGCCCGUGGGAAGUCCUUGAUUGCUCAGAAGAUUGUAAGAUACCUUUCAUGGCUUUCUAUCAAGAGUAAGUGCUUCAACGUUGGUGGCUACAGAAGAGAGUUAGCUGCAGAUGUUGGAGAUUUCACGGCUGAAUUUUUCGAUCCAACCAACAAAAGGGGGUUGCAGUACAGACAACUGGCUGUGGACAGUGCCAUUAAUGACAUGAUGAAAUGGUUCGUAAAUGAAAAUGGAGUGGUGGGGAUCCUUGAUGCCACCAAUUCUACUAAGCAAAGAAGAGCUGAGAUCUUGAAGCUCUGUCGUGACAACUACAUUGAGCCAAUGUUUUUGGAAAGUUGGUGUGACGAUCAAGAUUUGAUUUUACAAAACAUCUUGGACGUCAAAACCACGUCACCAGACUAUGUAAACAGUGAAUCAGAGUAUGCAACCAAGGAUUUCUUGAAGAGAAUUAAAUUUUACGAGCAAAACUACGAAACCAUGGACGUCAAGCACGAUCUGGAUUUGACCUUCAUUAAGUUAGUUAAUGUAAACCAACAAAUCAUCUUGAACAGAAUAGAGAGUUACUUGGAAAGUAGAAUUGUCUACUACGUUAUGAACUUACACAUCAAACCAAGGCUGAUUUACUUAUCAAGACACGGAGAAUCAGAGUAUAACUUGACGGGACAGAUUGGUGGAGAUGCUAAUUUGUCUGAAAGAGGUUGGAGGUACGCCAAGAAGUUGCCCGAAUUGGUGUUGAAGAGUUUGGGGGAAGAAAAUAAGCAUACAAAUUUAACCGUGUGGACAUCGACUUUAAACAGAACCCAACAGACCGCUUCAUUCUUGCCGUACAAAAAGAAGUUGCAAUGGAAAGCCCUUGACGAACUUGACGCUGGAGAAUGUGAUGGAAUGACUUACGAGGAGAUCGAACAAAAAUUCCCCGAAGAUUUCAAGGCCAGAGACGAUAACAAAUACGAGUAUAGAUACAGAGGAGGGGAACUGUACCGUGACAUUGUUAUCAGGUUGGAGCCAAUUAUUAUGGAAUUGGAAAGACAAGAGAAUAUUUUGAUCAUCACCCAUCAGGCCGUAUUGAGAUGUUUGUAUGCAUACUUCAUGAAUGUGCCACAAGAAGAACUGCCUUGGAUGUCUAUUCCAUUACAUACAUUGAUUAAAUUGGAACCAAGGGCUUAUCUGACUAUAGUCAGCAGGAUCAAGGCCGAUAUCCCAGCCGUCAGCACUUACAAGGAGAAGGGUACUUCCCAAUUGGGUGAAAUUGUGAAUGGAACCACAAGCAGUAAGAGCAGAGAUCUCAUAAACGAUAGCAAAUGCGUCUAA